AUGCCCCCCCCAAUUGAGGGUAGAAGGCAUGGAGGUGAGCUGAUUGUGGGAGAGGUCUCUGCACGCAGUGAGGGCAGGCAGAGGCGAGGGGAUGUGGAGGGGAGCGGAUGUGGAGGGGAGGGGACGUGGAGGGGAGGGGACGUGGAGGGGAGGGGAUGUGGAGGGGAGGGGACGUGCAGGGGAGGGGAUGUGGAGGGGAGGGGAUGUGGAGGAGAUGUGAAAAAUCACGGUGAGAUAGGGCAUGCAAUCUAG